GCUCUUUUGGGCACCCUCGUGAUUUUGGUGAACUUGGUGACCUUAUGCAAUGCACACUGCUAUAUUAUGCCUAAUCCAAACACUCCAGGUGAUUUAUUUAAUGAAUGUAAGGAUCUCACUGGGGUCAUUCACCCACUGAACUCCAAGUGGAAGACUGAGUACUGUGAGGAGUAUUAUUGUGACCAAGAUGGAAUUAGCUGCUGUAAAAUUGUUGCUACACCCGUAAGCUAUGACACAAGCAAGUGCCAGAAAACUUUCAACAAGGAGACCUGCAGUUUUACAGUGGUGGAGCAGAAGAAUCCAGGAAAGUCUUGUUUUGUAGGUGGAUGGGUGCUGUAAUGUACUUCUAGUGGGCCCAGGGCUCCCAACCAGAGGGGUCCCAGGACCUCCCAGUCCAAACCUCAUUUUC